GGAAGUACUUGUGGGAUUCUCCUCUCGCACCUGCUCAGACCUCUGAUCUGUCGUCCAAGAAUGGCGGCUGCCGCAGCAGGAAUAAACAAGCAGGGAGCCGCAGCGACGAUGGAGCCCUGUAUCCGACACGGGAGGGGAGCUCACGGAGGCUCAGUGAAGGUUCUGGAGUGCGGUGUGUGUGAAGACGUCUUCUCCCUCCAGGGGGACAAGGUCCCCCGUCUGCUGCUCUGCGGACACACGGUGUGCCACGACUGCCUCACCCGGCUGCCCCUCCACGGCCGAGCGGUCCGCUGCCCCUUCGACCGACAGGUUACCGAGCUGGGGGAUUCUGGAGUUUGGGGCCUGAAGAAGAACUUCGCUCUGCUUGAACUCCUGGAGCGACUCCAGAAUGGAGCGAGCAGCCAGUCGGGCACGGCGGAGGGCGCCCUGAAAGGCAUGGGAGAAUGCGUCAUCCGGUGCGACGAGGACGAGAGCCACACGGCCUCCAUGUACUGCACGGUGUGCGCCACCCACCUGUGCGCCGAGUGCUCCCAGCUCACCCACUCCACCCGCACGCUCGCCAAACACCGGCAGGUGCCGCUGGCCGACAAGCCGCACGAGAAGACCCUGUGCCCGCAGCACCAGGUCCACGCCAUCGAGUUCGUCUGCCUGGAGGAGGCGUGUCAGUCGGGGCCCCUCAUGUGCUGCGUGUGCAAGGAGUACGGCAAGCACCAGGGACAUAAGCACGCGGUCCUCGAGAACGAAGCGAAUCAGAUCCGCGCCUCCAUCCUGGACAUGGCCCACUGCAUCCGCACCUUCACGGACGAAGUGUCCGAGUACUCGAGGAAGCUGGUGGGCAUCGUGCAGCAGAUCGAGGGCGGCGAGCUGAUCGUGGAGGACGGCAUCGGCAUGGAGCACACCGAGCAUGUGGCCGGCACGGCGGAGAGCGCGCGGUCUUGCGUCCGGACGUACUUCGCCGACCUCCACGAGACCCUGUGCCGGCAGGAGGAGAUGGCGCUGAGCGUGGUGGACGCUCGCGUCCGGGAGCGGCUGAUCUGGCUGCGGCAGCAGCAGGAGGACAUGACCAUCCUGCUGUCGCAGGUCGCCACCGCCUGCAUGCACUGCGAGAAGACGCUGCAGCAGGACGACUGCAGAGUUGUGCUGGCGAAGCAGGAGAUCAACUGUCUGCUGGAGACGCUUCAGAAGCAGCAGCACCAGUUCACGGAGCUGGCGGAUCACAUCCAGCUGGACGCCGGCAUCCCCGUCACCUUCACCAAAGACAACCGGGUCCACAUCGGUCCGAAGAUGGAGAUCCGCGUCGUGACUCUCGGGCUGGACGGAGCGGGGAAAACCACCAUCCUGUUCAAGCUGAAACAAGACGAGUUCAUGCAGCCCAUCCCGACCAUCGGAUUCAAUGUGGAGACCGUUGAAUAUAAGAAUUUGAAAUUCACCAUCUGGGACGUGGGUGGAAAACAUAAGCUCCGCCCCCUCUGGAAACACUAUUAUCUGAACACCCAAGCGGUGGUGUUUGUGAUUGACAGCUGCCACAGGGACCGCCUCAUGGAGGCUCACAGCGAGCUGGCCAAACUGCUGACGGAGAAGGAGCUGAGAGACGCCUUGUUGCUCAUCUUUGCAAACAAACAGGAUGUUUCCGGCGUGGUGUCCGUGGAGGAGAUGACGGAGCUGAUGAGCCUCCACAAGCUGUGCUGUGGGCGGAGCUGGCACAUCCAGGGCUGCGACGCCCGCAGCGGGAUGGGCCUCCACGAGGGGCUGGACUGGCUCUCCAGGCAGCUGGUGGCCGCCGGCGUCCUGGACGUCGCCUAAACUUCGUCAACGACCCCUUCGAGCCCGACUCGGCGCCAGCUUCUUCUCUUUUUAAGACCGUGGGCUUUAAGCCCCAUCUUUUCUUUCUUUGUGCACCAAUGAGAGCAGAAAGAUCAAAGAUGUAAAUACUUUCUGUUGCGACACUGAAUCUGAACAAAGGAAAACUACAACAAAAACUACAAAUAAAGAUUCAAAAUCUGAGCUCAAAACAACCUCCCUUCACAUCCGAGGCAGCUUAACUCAUCGGCUCACUUUUCCUUUUCCUUUAACCUUUUUUUCCGAGACAUCUGGCGUCUAUAGCUAGCCGGUCCAGUAAAGCCUUCAUCAUAACCAUAACUAAACGCAGAGUCAUCCUCGUGUAGAGCGAGCACCAUUUAUGUACCUUCUGUUGAUUCAGCAUACUUAACACGUCCUAUAAUCAUAUGAAAUAACCACCGUGAAGCUGCGUGUAUUUUGCAGAGACGGGAAGAAUGUUCACUAAACCCAGGCGGCUAAAAAAAGAAUAAUUCUUCAGAACAUUCUGAUUUUGGCGUCGCCUACAUCCGACGUAAGAGACGGCAGUCGAUGAUUCACGGGCUGUUUAAGUUGUGCGUCUCUUUUUUGUUGUGACCUAUAUAAACUUAUGUAAUGCCACAGCUGGUCUUGAAAUGGCACGCCAGUGUUUUCUGUCACAGAACAAACGGUUUACUGAACUUAUUUAUGAGCGGGGCUGUUUAAUUUUCCUUUUAUGCACCGAUUAUGCCUCCCAUCUUUUUUUUGUGGAGCCUCGAAUGCACUCAUCGCCGCCUCACUUCACCUUUCAAUUUAGGAGCAGAUAAACUACCUGCUGUUUCCGAGGAGACUGAGGAUUAAGCUUGCUGCAAAAACAUAAAUUAUAUAUAUUCUAUUCCCAAUUGAUCUCCCGUGUCCCGUUUGUUUGCAGUGUUUCGGAGAUGUUACACCUUGAAUCAGCCUUCAGUAAUUAAUGUGAAACUUUAAGCCUCGACACUGACACUUGUUAUUAAUGAUCCAUGAUUUGACUUUAAUUUCAUCUUUAUUCAUUGCUAUGUAAUGUUUACUACACGUAUAAAAAUACUAAUUAAAACAAAAAAACAUGCAUGUGUGAAAAAGCCUUUCCACAAAGUUUGCGAAGACAUUUCCGUGUUUUUUGAAACGUAGAAGCACAACGCGCAUCGAACCCUUUGUCACCAGUGACUUGAUAGCGGCUUUUGUAAAUUAUUCACAAUGUUGUUGUUGUCAAAUAAACAAACUGGCCGUGUA